AGCGGAUGAGUCUGGCUGCAUUGAAAGCACUGAGCUCACCUGCAAACCAACUCGUGGUGCCGCAGAUUCCCCGAGCUGUGAGAUUGCAUGCGCCGAGUAUACUGCCAGUGACAUGCUACCAUGAUUCAACGAAAGCAAUGUCGCUUAUUGCUUAGGUUGGUCAAUUCGUCGUCCCUACUGGUAUGGUGAAACUUUGUCCGGACGUUAUCACUCUUGAGGCGCGACCAGACCAGUCUCCGGAAUCUUCAAUGUCAGGGCUCGAUGCCACUAGUAAAUUUGUUGCAAACGAAUGCGACGAAAUGGGAACAGACCACUUCGAAAAAUUGUCCACGCCAAUGAGUCUCGAAUGGACCAGCUGCAGAGGUCAUCCAGGCCACUCCGUCAAGUCGUGACGGCUCUCUUGCAAUCAAUCGAGACCACCGUUCCGACAGAUGUUUCGACCGAUGCAAUGCAACAUGACCUGCAUAACGACGCAUCGCCACGGACUCGACAUAUCUUCUUGACAUUGCAGGUUCUGUUUCCAAACGAACUACUUCCCGCCCUUGAUAUCCUCGAUCGCGGACUCGUCACUCGUCUGCGGUGCGUGACUGACGAGGCGGAACUUUCUCUGCUCCUGGUACAAUCAUCACGCUCGCAAAGCGACUCUCGCAAGGAAAGACAUGCGCAUGAUACCAAGUCUACAAGAUUUCAGAAUAAGAGCAAUGUCACAUCCGACCUAGAGACAGAUCUCCCACUGCCACCAUGUCACGAGGUUCGUCUUGAUGCAUGGUCCUGCUCGUGUCCUGCCUUUGUUUUCUCGGCAUUUCCAGUGCGGUCGGUGACAUCAAACUCGCUUAUCGUGGAAGCAAAGACUGCGGGAGAGCAAACUGUAACAGACUGGUUCUUCGGAGGCAAGUCCUGUGGCGAUGAGCUACCUGUGUGCAAGCAUCUCCUGGCAUGCGUACUCGGUGAGCGUUGCGCCAUCUUCCGACGGCGUAUCCGCGAGCGAACCUGUACAGCAGAGGAGAUAGCUGGAUGGGCGGCUGGAUGGGGUGACCUUUGAUGGGAAGCGAAAGCUCAUCUUGCAAUGGGCCGCCUGUCUGUUGCUCUUUGUCAUCCAUGUUGAACCAUGAAACCUUCCAGCGUCAGCAUCACACUCUCCUCGCGGGAUUUCGCAUCGAAAUUGCAACGGGUUCCGCACAGAAAGGAAACCACGUGUUACACACAGCUACAUCGUCGAACAAGAGACAAGGGGUUCUUAGAUCUUUUCUGGGCAGAUCGAGCUGGUUUGGAAGCAGGCAGACGUGCCAUAUCAU